AUGGUAAGCAUCACACCACAGCCGCUUGCAACAAAUGCUGGCUCGAAGCUGAACCUGCUCGACCUCGCUCGCUCGCACAGAGCUACAACGGCGGAGGUCGGUCCUACAAUCAAGGUAGCGGAGGUGGUGGUGGAGGUGGCGGAUCGCACUACAACGGUGGAGCGGGGGGAGGAGGAGGGAAACGAGGACGAGGUGAGUGACGACUACGUCUGGGGGGGCCCCAUUCCGCGAACGACGUCGUACCCGUACCCAGCCCAGCGCUCGUGCACCCUUUUUGCUUGACUAGACGACGACGACGAUUCUCGUCACUAUGCUCGACGACGCGGCAACGACCCGGGACAGUACUACUCGCCGCAACGACCGCACAACCCUUCCCCGCGUGCCCAGCAGGAACUGUACAAGCAGCGUCUGUGGAACAUGCCCCAUCACGAGGUCAGUCCAGCUGUGUUGCAGCUCGAACAAGGCCCCCUGGACUGACGAUCCUACGGGUACGCUACCUCAGGACCUCGCCAACUUUGCCGAUGCGACGCACGUCGUCUUUGCCAAAGAUCCCGACACCGUCUUUGCAGCAUUCCGCGUCGCGUGAGUGCGCGCCCAAAGCUCAAAACUCAGAAACGGUAAAGCUAUUUGGUCUACUAACAUCCACUUCGUGACCGCUCAUCUCAGCGUGACCGAACUGCCGCACAAAUUGCCCCACUAUGCGAACCUGAUCGCGCGACUGACCACGCCUUACGUCCCACAAGUCACUCUCGCCGAUCGCAUCACCCCGUCCGCUCCCCAUCCAGCAAGGCUCGUCAGAGCUCUGCCCUCACGCGUGACCUUGCCGGCCAAACCCGUCGUCGAUGCAGAUGGCAACCUCGCCGCCGCUCCCGCUCCCGCUCCCGCUCCUGCUCCUGCUCCCACCCCAGCCGUCGCGACGGACGAGUCCACGACCGUCCAGGACGAGACCUCCGACGCAAAGAUGCAGACCCAAGCUGAUGGGGCGACCGAGAUCAAGAAAGGAACGACCGAUGAUACCAACGCAGCAACACCCGCCGAACCCGAACCCAAGCCCGUCAACGCCGGCCACGCCAUCAUCGCCGACCUCGGCAAGGCGCUACAACUCUGGCUCGACCAACGCAAGUGGCGCAACGUUCGCUACACCAUGUGCGUCUUUGCGCAUCUGACCUCGAUCCCCGCUCCCGUCGUGCCCGUCGUCAAGGUCUCGUCCCUGCUUGCUCUGCUCCAGCCCUUUGCAGCCGUACUAGCCGAAGCCGGUCUCCGCGCUUCCCGAGGCGACGAAUGCGCUCGCAUCAUCGCCGAGACCCUUUUGCGAGCAACGAGUAUCACUUCGGAUGACGACGAAAGCCUACGCGAUGCCGUCGACCUCUACCUCGCGCGUCGCAAGCUUGAAAAGGAGCUCUUUGGGGAUCCCGAAACGACCCCCCAAUUCGAAGACCGUCUCGAAUCACUCGUCUCUUGCCUCGUCACCAAAUCAACCCUGCACGUCCUCCCCACUUACCCGAUCAGUCCUCGCCUCAGGAACGAUCUGACCGACGUCGAGACGGUCGACUUGCCCGAGAUCGUCGUGCCCGCCGAAUUGGACAAGGACGAGUUGUCCAGAUUGAUCGAAGUACCGCCGCCGAAUACGGGGUUGAAGGGUGAUGAAGGCGUUGGAUAUGAGGGGGUUCGCGUUUAUUUGACCUUGUUCGAUGACGAGGUGAGUGCGAGCUCCUGAGAUGGAAAAUAACCUGCGAUCGCAAAGCUGACUCUACUCUCGCCCCCUUCCGCCCUUUGAAAACAGACCGUACCCGAGACUUAUGACCCCUCCGGCGCCAUCAUUCGUUCGCUCAUUUUCGACAUCAUCAACUUGUACGAACACAAUCGCAAAGAAGCGGCCAAGUUGUUGAUGGAAUUGCCGAGGUGGUUCACGCCGCGCACGUUCAAGGGCGAUGAUGCGCCAAAGAAGCGCGACGGCGAGGGCGACGAGCAGAGACGGGACGAAUUCGAGGAAGAGGUUGAUAGGGAGAGGGACGCGGUGGAGGAGAAAAGUUCGGAAUGGGUGAUUGAGCAUCUGGUCGUCGAGGUGGGUUUGUCAUCUGGGGGAGAAUUUUGGAGGCGGUGACGAUCCGAGUCCGAGCGACUGACUGUUGAAUAGUUCCCCAUCGCCUACAGUCGAUCCUCACCUCCCUCUUUGCCAUGCCGAGAUCGACCCUCCCUCCCGCUUACUACCACUCGCUCUUGACCGAACUUUGCCGCGAAGCACCCGCAACGAUCGGUCCCGCCCUCGGACGAUGCAUCCGACGGCUCUAUGCCGGUCUCGGUAACGAAGCCGACGCGGGCAACCCCGUGCUCGACGCCGAAGGCAUUCGCCGCUUCACCGAAUGGUUCUCGAUGCAUCUCAGCAAUUUCGGCUUCGCUUGGGGUUGGAAGGACUGGGCUGCGGAUAUGGAGAUCGACCACCAACACCCGAAGCGGAUUUUCGUUCAACGGGUCAUCGAACUCGAAGUUCGACUUUCGUACUAUGAGCGCAUCAAGGAUACGAUCCCCGAUGCGAUGUUGGAAACGGGCGUCGUCGCCGAGGCGGCACCGGGACCGAAUUAUGAAUACGAGCGAGCUGAUCCUCUAGAUCUUGUCGCCGUCGAGCAUGCAUCACCUUAUGCCGCUCUAGCGGGACGGAUCUUCGAUCUCUUGCGCGCCAAAGCUUCGACGAGUAACAUCGAACUCGAGUUGAAAGGGAUCGACGCAACCUUGCAAACGGACCAUACUUUGACCACCGACGAAUCACGCGCCUUGAUCCUCGACAUGACCGUCCAAUCGAUUCUCUCGAUCGGUUCACGUUCGUUUUCGCACUUCCUCAACGUCCUAGAACGCUACCUCGUCUUGCUUCGAAACCUGACACCGUCCGCUUCGGCUCGUUCUGAGCUGCUCAAAUCGGUCGCGAAGUUUUGGACGCACCACCGACAGUUCCACUUGAUCGUACUCGACAAGUUACUGCAGUACCGUCUCGUCGACGGAGCGGACGUGAUCGAUUGGGUCUUUGACCCGACUCGUCAUGGCGUUUGGUCCGAUGUGGACGAUUGGCUCGCGCUCAACGCGACGAUCUCGACCCUCAAAGGACGCGUCAAAGCCGCUCAAGCUCGUCUCGAUGGUUUACUCACCGAAGCCGAUACCGAUCGCGCGCGAGAACAACUCGGCUCCUCGAACGACGAUCUCGACGAUUCGACGAUGGAACUGACGACCGACCCCAUCGUCGUCGUUGAUAGCCCCGAAAUCGGUCUAGCUCGAACUCGAUUGCUCACGCUCACCAACGAUCUUUCGACUUCGUUAUUGAACGUGCUCGAUCGUUUCUCGAACCUGCUUCCCGAAUCACGUCAAGUGGAGUCGUGGGAGACUUUUUGGAUCGAAGGUUCGUUCAGGCAAUUCGUGCGCUUGUUGAUCGAGUUGGACGCGUUCAAAUUGCCUGAAUUCAUGCAAGGUUUGUUGAGCUUGGCCGAAGGUUGGGAAGAUGGGGGUUUGGUCGUCAGGUGCUUGGAGGCGGGUAGGAGUUGGAGUUUGGUCGUUUGA